AUGAUCAUCAACACUGAGCACAUAGAACGAUGGAUGAUGAUACGAGUAGUGUUCACUCACCUGAACGCCAUCUCAGGAAGAGAACUACUUGAUCCCAAAGCACCUAGCAUGACAAAACUCGAAUCACUACUCAAGCCUCAAUCGCUUUACGGCGGUGCCAUUUCAUGCGUCAUUCCAGAAGGUUUCUUGGACGCUUCAAUGCUGCGUGAGGUGCCGGACACCCAAGAAGUUUUCGUGAACUCCCGCGAUGCAAGCGAAAAAAACAAGUUUUCAGACGGCUUGGGCCUCGAUGAAAGCAUUAUCGUCGACCUUCUGCAACGUGUAGAUGCCGCAAACGAUCGCGAUGCACUCGAUAUGCAUCUACAAGAAAUAGCAGGUCUUAACGAAAGCAACGAGUGGAAAGUGACAAAGCUCGACGUCUCGAAUGCAUACCAAACCUGUGUGGCCAUCGAAUCUGCCUACAAGUGGGGCAAACAGGAACUCAAAGAAACGAUUGUUCUUUGUCUGGCCCUAAUACGUCUCGAAGAUGUCGAGACAGACGUGAUCAUAAGCAUCAAUGUACCAGUUUCGGGCAAAAAAACACUUGAAGAAACGCACAAGUGGGUCCUGGAUCCCUCACAGUCACUGCCCCCAAACAUUGAGUCCGCCUACGCCAUACUCAGACUCAUGGCUUCCAGUUUCAAAGUUCUAGACAAGUCAUUGUUCGUGUAG